GAAAAGCUAAAUCACAGCACUUUAAACCCGGUUUAAAUAGCACAAAUUUUCGGCGUUUAUACAUACAAUAUAUAUAUAACGGACUGGGUCCAUUCCAUUGACGAAUUACAAUGUAUUUGAUAAAACCCGCGUUCUAAUAUAACAUAGAAAGCUAAGUUUUAAAUUGUCACAAAACCCGAGUGGCAUUCGUCCAUCGACGUGUUUACGCAAAGCUUCAAAAGUUGACCUUCAGACUUUUAAAAUUCCCUCUCGGGGGUGUUUGCGGGAUUAAAUGAGCGUGUGACUGCGCAGCCGUCACAAAGCAAAGCCAACCCACCGGGCUUUGCUCACAUGCUUCUUUCUUUGGAGGCAUUCAAGAUUACCGUGUCAUCUCAUUUUUGCCCAUCCAAGUCCGCAUUACGUCUUAUUAAUCAAAUAAUUCUGACAGGGAUUCAGUUCUGGGAGUUGGCUUAUCUCAUUUUAAGCCGCGCUCAACCCUGAAGAUGGACGAAGCUUUUUUGAGAGUGAUCAACGAACUGGAUACCGAGGUGGCCGUGUACUGGGUGUCCCGGCGGUGCUAUCAGUGUCUUUAUCAGCAGUUUGGGGUGGUCCUUGCUCAGCCAAGUCAAGGUCAGCCGAGCUCAGAAGAAUUCAUCGUUAGCACGCAGCACGGACUUAAAAUCCAAGUCAACAGCACCCCUGUCAUUCAGGAGCUCUGCACGGUUCCGUUUCAUUUUGGGGAGCAGGGCAACUACACUCUGUGGUUGAAAAAUACAAGUAACUCUGUGGUGAACUGCUCCAUUGUGACUGAUGUGGAUCCAGUCAAUAGUUACAUCCCCAUCUUGGUCGCGUUCCUUGUUUUUGCUGGACUGGGAUUAUUAUCUGCUCUGGGAAGAGCAAUAUUCGCACUCGAUAUAGUAAAGGCUGUCCUGUUCAGGAUCAGUGGCACCAUGGAGACAGAGAGGUUGAUCAACUCUGAGUUGGGCUCCCCUGGCCGGACGGUGACGCCGGUGACUGACAAUAUCCUUCCGCCCCCGCCCAGUCCCAGUAAGAGGCUGCGAUCUCUAGACACAUUCAGAGGGAUCUCCUUGGUUAUUAUGGUGUUUGUGAACUACGGAGGAGGACGAUACUGGUUCUUCAGACACGAAAGCUGGAACGGCCUAACGGUCGCAGAUCUGGUCUUUCCUUGGUUCGUUUUCAUCAUGGGAACGUCCAUCGCGCUUUCAAUCAACUCCAUGCUGCGCUCAGGCUCCAGCCGCACUUCGCUGCUGAAGAAAGUCGUGUGGAGGAGCCUGCAGCUUUUCCUCAUCGGCGUCGUCGUCAUCAAUCCGAACUACUGCCGGGGCUUUUUGUCGUGGGACAACCUGCGCAUCCCGGGCGUGCUGCAGCGCCUCGCCUGGUCGUACCUUGCGGUAGCCUGCCUGGAUCUGUUGGUGGCAAGGGCUCAUCUUGACAUCCUACCAACGGAUGCAUGGUGGUCCGCUUGCAUUGAUGUUCUGCUCUACUGGCCAGCCUGGAUCUUUGUGCUCCUCCUAGAAGUCCUUUGGCUCUGCCUAACUUUUCUACUUCCUGUACCGGGCUGCCCAACUGGCUAUCUUGGUCCAGGCGGGAUUGGGGACAUGGGGGCGUAUCCGAAUUGCACCGGCGGAGCAGCGGGUCUCGUCGACCGUUGGCUCCUCGGAGAAAACCACAUCUACCAGACGCCCUCAGCGAGGGUCAUCUACGGCUCCCACAUGCCGUUUGAUCCCGAGGGGGUUCUCGGCAGCAUCAACUCCAUCGUCAUGGCUUUUCUUGGCUUGCAGGCAGGAAAGAUUAUUUUACACUACCGAGAUCUUCAUUCAAGUAUUAUUUCAAGGUUCCUCAUUUGGGGUCUCAUUUUGGGUGUCAUAUCAGCUGUUCUCACAAAGUGUUCCACAGACCAGGGAUUCAUUCCUGUCAAUAAAAACCUCUGGUCCGUGUCCUACGUGACAACGGUCGCCUGCUUUGCCUUCGUACUGCUCGUUGUGGUCUACUACAUCGUAGAUGUGAAAAAGUGGUGGUCUGGAGCGCCUUUCUUUUACCCAGGCAUGAACUCCAUCCUGGUGUACGUGGGCCACGAAGUGUUUGAGGACUACUUCCCCUUCCGCUGGCGCAUGGUCAACACUCAGUCCCACGCUGAGCACCUCACCCAGAACCUGGUGGCUGUUUCUUGCUGGGUCCUCAUCUCGUUCGUGCUGUAUAGGAAAAAGAUCUUCUGGAAAAUCUAAGAGGUGUCAAACCUCGGCGGAGCGACCUUGUAAAAUGGAAACGAUGGCACUUUUUUUUUUUUUUUUUUUUUAACCACCUCUGGUCAAAAUCCAUAUGAAUGUUUUCCUUUAACUUUUGCUCACAUCUAUGGUGUAAAAAGGACUUUUCACAUAGCUUUCUAGCAGCUGACCUCUGCUAGCUGUCUUGUGACUCAGGAAGAACUGGGACCAAAAUAGAUUGAUAUAUCGGGAAUAUGAUGGCUGUCUCGGUUCAUUCCCCCCGCAACACUAAAAAUUCAUUUUUGAUUCCUCAAUUUGCACAGUUUCCGAGUACGAAAGUGACGGCGUGGCGCUGUCCGGCGCCUUUGCAGCCUGCCAGUUGUCACCCGGCAGCAAACGCGCGGCCCUCACUUUUAAUAUUUCUCUUUCACGGGAAGCUGAAAUUGUUUUGACUGAAUAGCUGUGAAGCGACAGCUAUUAUUGUAGGUCUCCACGAUGCAGUAAAAGCUACGUAUUGCCAAAUGUUGAAGCCAGAUGGGGAUUAAAGCUCACCAUUUGUUCUUUUACCGAAUUAUUAUCUUUGUGUACAGUUUUGGCGCACGUACCUGAAAAUUGUCAUCACAAAAUAGAUUGGCUGUUUUUUGUCCUAUUAAUUUCUUCCACUUUAUUUGACCUUGACUGGUCUUUUGCCAAAUCCACUUUGCCGACGUCUCGGGAAUACUGAUUCAGUCACUUCUCAAUGAUAAUGAUUUCAUUUUCCGGAGUUUCUUUCGGAUUUGGAACAAUCCGGAAUGUUGACUUUGACUGUGUGGGCUUCACAGACGGCUGCUUGUUUACAAUGUCCUCAGACAUUUUUGUAUAAUAAAUAGCAGUUGACAGAAACCUCA